GUUCAGCUGAGGGGUGGUUGAACCUGGUUCCCGAUCAGUUUGUCAUUUGACCGUGUCGUUGGCAAAGAUGACGUACAAGGUGUAUGGUUUACCCAUUUCUACAUGCACUAGGAGGAUUUUGACUGUGCUUGAAGAGGUUGGUGCAGACUACACGUUGGAGCAGCUUAACCUUGCUAAGGGAGAGCACAAACAGCCAAAGUUUUUGGCUUUGCAACCCUUCGGCCAGAUUCCAGUUCUGGAGCAUUCCGACUUGUGCAUCUUUGAGGCUAUUGACAUCGAGAAUGGGCAGGACAAGGAUCAGGAGGAAAAUAGUAAUGACCGAGUAAUGGUAAUGGGAGAGUUCCUGAUGCUUUAGAGAAUGGGAGGGAGAGGAGGAGGCGAAGGGAGGUGGGGAAGCCGAAAAGAAGCGAGUGGAUGAGGAAAAGGAAAUCGAGGAAGGGGAGAGAGUGGAGGGAGAGGGAGGGGAGGAAGAAGUGUUGGUGUCUACGAAAUAAAGAGAGGAGGAGAGGGGAAAGGGGGGAAGAACAAAAGGAGGAAACAACAGAUAUCAAUGCAAUUCCAGGGGCUCAGAUGACAGGGACAGAGCUGUUGGCCUCAGUGGUAAAAGAAAAUCCGAACUCGUCUUGGCUUCAGAAAGUGAAGGGUCCGUUUCAUGCUAAAACAUUAGAAAUCAAGCGCAUAGGACCACGAAUGAAUACCCUUCAAAUCC